AUGCGUAGAGUGCGAUAUUUAGAUGAACGUAGCCAAACCAAUGUCCCUGAAACUUGUCCAGUGGAGCAAAACACAUCAAAGCUCUUGGCUAAUCAAAAAUUGUUCCUUAAUGGUUUUCUUGGAAAUGUCUCUAUGGCUAAAUCCUGCAAUCUCUCGAUGGAUAUUGAUUGGGUGGAACUUGUAUGCCCUAACUGUUUAUCACUCCUGGGAGCUUGUUCUUUUGAUAAUGGUGCUGCACCCAUUGAUGGUGCAGUUCGAUUAUUCAAAUGCUACAUUUCAGCUUGUUCAUCAGCUGGUGGACCAGGGGACUUAUUCAGGAAAUAUAGCUUGGAAAGAAUGUUCACUAAUCAACUACUGGAAAAUGCAAAAGAUGAAUUGUCAUUUCGGACUUUGGUUAGAGAUUUAAAAACUAAGUCUCCCUUGUUGCAAAUCGUUCCGCUAAAUCCAAAUUCUUGGUGCUGUUCUGGUUAUUGCUUGGACACUGCUAGUGCAGCAGAACCUAGUCUAAAGUUAGAUUUACUCCCUGUUAUCAAGGUCAACUUUUCUGAUUGUGGUGAAACUGCAGCAUCUCAGUUAAGGGUACAUGAAGAUUGGAUAACAAAGAAUGUAGGGGAUGUGGUUUGCAUGUCUGCACGGCAAGUAGAUGAGUUAAUUCGAACUCUAUCAUCGGCAAAAGAUAUAUUUCCACCUUCAUAUAACUUUCUCCAGGGUUUACCUCUUUCAUCGUUGCCACGAUAGAGAUUAUUUUUUGUGCAAUAGCUUUGAUCAGCAUAUCCUUGUGAUGCUAUAGAGUCAA